GAACAUGGAGUGGCUGCAGGGUGGCCACAGCUGUCAGCGAGUCAUCGUCCAUACACAGUGAUGCCCUGUUCGACCCGGGGCCUGAUACUCCUGAUCUGGGUCUGGUUCGGGACAUCUCUCUGGACUCUACAGGUCCUGGUCUGGGUCAGAACAUCUCUCUGGACUCUACAGGUCCUGGUCUGGGUCAGAACAUCUCUCUGGGCUCUACAGGUCCUGAUCUGGGUCUGGUUCGGGACAUCUCUCUGGACUCUACAGGUCCUGGUCUGGGUCAGAACAUCUCUCUGGGCUCUACAGGUCCUGGUCGGGACAUCUCUCUGGACUCUACAGGUCCUGGUCUGGGUCAGAACAUCUCUCUGGGCUCUACAGGUCCUGGUCUGGACCGGAAGAUCUCUCUGGGCUCUACAGGUCCUGGUCUGGACCGGAACAUCUCUCUGGCCUCUACAGGUCCUGGUCUGGGUCAGAACAUCUCUCUGGGCUCUACAGGUCCUGGUCUGGGUCAGAACAUCCCUCUGGGCUCUACAGGUCCUGGUCUGAGUCGGGACAUAGACUCCCUACAGGAGCGGACACAUACAGGAAGGAACAUGGCCAGCGCUGUCAUGGCGGGGGGUGUUGGGCUAGCGGCCCCCCAGGAUGGCCAAAGUUCUUGUCAGUUCUUCUCAGAUGGCCGGAGGAAGGUGGACUAUGUUCUGGUGUUCUACCAACGCAAACAGAUCUCUGUGAGGGGUGGCGACCGGCUGCACCGUCUCUCCGCCCCUCCUCACCCUCCUCAUCGCCUGUCUGUCAUCUCCAAUGGUAGCUCCCCCCUCUCCGGCCCUGUGGGGGGUUUGGGAUGUGCAGCCGGGCAGCGGAGUGCGGGGGACGGGGAGGUGUGUGUGGACCUGGCGGUGGAGGUGGAAUUAGAGGCGGACCCAGCUGAAGGAGAGAUGGUGCUGAUCAGGGAGGAGUUUGAGGCCAGGCUACUGGAGGCGGGGCUUGAGAUGGAGAGAGACACAGAGGUCAGGGUCUACGGGCCCAGCUUCACGAGACUCCAUGUCCCCUGGCAGGUCCUGAGCAGAGAGGCAGAGUUCCUCAAGAUCAAAGUCCCCACUAAGAAGAGCUAUGAUCUGAAGCAGGAGAAUGGGUUCAGUGCCAGCCUCAGUGAGUUCUGGAGGAAGGUGAACAAGCCGUUCCAACCCAACAUCCCCCAGCUAGGCCACAGCACCACCAAGCAGCUCUCACACUGCUUCUCCAGGGACAAACUACACUUAUUUAACAUCACCUCUAAAGACAAGUUCUUUGACAACGCAACACGCAGUCGAAUAGUGUACGAGAUCCUGAGACGUACCGCCUGCACACGCACCAGCAUAUCCAUGGGCAUCACCACAUUAAUAGCUAAAGGUGUCUAUGAUUCAGCCUUCCCUCUCCAUGAUGGGGAUUAUAAGGUCGUGGGUCACUCUGAGAGGAAUGACAGACAGCUGAGCUGUCACAGGUGUACCCCAUCAGCCAUGAUGACCCUCCCAGCUCCGCCCACCUCUCCUACUCCGCCCACCUCUCCUACUCCGCCCACCAAUCUCCUGCAGGAAGUAAGCACAGCAAAACCCAGCAGACAGAGCAGGGAGGAGCCCUGCUGCAUUAUGAUGGGCCAGAUAUGGAGCCUUCAUUACAAAUACCAACCUGUGGACCUCAUCAGGAAGUACUUUGGAGAGAAGAUCGGUCUGUACUUCGCCUGGCUGGGCGUCUACACUCAGCUGCUCAUACCAGCCUCUGUGGUUGGGAUUAUCGUCUUCUGCUACGGCUGUUACACUGUGGAUAUGGACGUACCGAGCCUGGAGAUGUGUGAUAAACAGCAGAACUUCACCAUGUGUCCUCUGUGUGACGGAGUGUGUGACUACUGGCACCUGUCCACCGCCUGUGGCACCGCCCGCGCAUCCCACCUGUUCGACAACCCUGCCACCGUCUUCUUCGCUAUCUUCAUGUCCCUCUGGGUUGCGACGUUCCUGGAGCACUGGAAGCGUCGUCAGAUCAGUUUGAACCACAGCUGGGACCUCACAGGACUAGAGGAAGAGGAGGACCACCCGAGGCCCAAGUAUGAAACCGUCCUGCUCCAGAAGAGACAGAUGAUGAGGAACAAGGAGAAGAAGAACGAGAAAAACAAGAAGAAGAAGAAGAUUGAGCCUGUGCAGCGGGAGGAGGACGUGGCGGCAGGGAAAGACAGGUGGAGACAGAAGUUACUGUCUGCUAUGAACACGGGGACAUCGACAGGUGUGGAGAAGCUGACCUGGAGGGACCGUCUGCCUGGAUACCUCAUCAACAUCUCCUCCAUCCUCUUUAUGUUUGGGCUGACGUUCUCUGCGGUUUUCGGUGUGAUCGUGUAUCGUAUUGUCGUUUCCGCUCUAAUGGCGAUGUCACCUGACCCGGAGACCAAGUCUAACGUGCGUGUCACCGUCACGGCAACCGCUGUCAUCAUCAACCUGGUGGUCAUUCUGAUACUGGAUGAGAUCUACGGAGCUGUGGCCGUCUGGCUCACUGAGCUGGAGAUUCCAAGGACAGAGAGUAACUUUGAGCAGCAUCUGAUUCUGAAGGCUUUCCUACUGAAGUUCAUGAAUGCCUACGCCCCCAUCUUCUAUGUAGCUUUCUUUAAAGGACGGUUUGCAGGCAGGCCGGGAGACUACGUCUAUGUUUUUAAUGACUACCGGAUGGAGGAGUGUGCCCCUGGAGGCUGUUUAAUAGAGUUGUGUAUUCAGCUCAGCAUCAUCAUGGUGGGGAAACAACUCAUUCAGAACAAUGUCUUUGAGAUCGGCAUCCCUAAGUUGAAGAAGUUGAUCCGAGCAUGGAAGGGUAAGGGGAUUUCAUUGGAGGAGAAAGAGGAGCAGCGUGCCAGACCUCCUCAACAGUGGAACCUGGACUACACCCUGGUCCCCUUUGAAGGACUGACCCCUGAGUACAUGGAGAUGAUUAUCCAGUUUGGUUUUGUUUCUCUGUUUGUCGCGUCGUUCCCUCUGGCUCCUCUCUUCGCUCUUCUCAACAACGUGAUCGAGAUCCGCCUCGAUGCCAAGAAGUUUGUCACCGAGCUGCGACGACCGGACGCUGUCCAAGCCAAAGACAUCGGAAUCUGGUACAACAUCCUGAGUGGAAUGGGAAAGUUCUCUGUCAUUAUAAAUGUAAGUGUUAACAUUGGAGCGCACACACUCAUUCUGAAAACAUAGUGUAUUUUUGCACCCUGAUGCGAUAAAGAUAAUAUUCACC